CAUCAGACAUGUCAGAAGAAAACGUUUCUGAAAGAAGUUGGUUACAAAAGUAUACAUAAAUGGUACGAAAAGUAUGCGGAGGUUUGGAUAGACGUCGCAUAUUAUUCACGGUUAUCAUUAGUUCAUAAAAAUACGUUGAAAAUGUCACGCAAACCGUUAUUUCCGAGUGCUAACAUAAGACUUGAUCAAGUUCAUGAUCAUGAUGCCAUUUCUUCCACAGCAGAAUCAUUACUCGAGAUUAAUGAUACAACCAAAGUUAGUUUAAUUUCGACUGGUGUUGUGCAAAGCACAUCGUCUGAAAUACAACAAAUAGACAAUUUAGACUGGCUGACUAACCAGAGCUUUCGUAGUGAUGAUGCGAUCACCAUUGCAAAGCAGCAUGCAGUUAAAUCGAAUGAAUAUGACAGAGAGCCGGUCGGUCAAGUUUCUUCACUCCAUCAGAAACACCAGGGUGAGGAAUCCGAGUCCAGUGAAGAUUCAAGCCACGAUAACAACACUGCAUUGAACUCUAAAUUGACUAUUGCUCUACUUGAAAAAGGCAAUCACAAAUCAAGGUCUGUUUCUCAUCAUUCACACAAAAAGAGCAAAAAACACAAACAUAAAAGAGACUUUGAGUACGUCUCUGAUGAUAGAAAGCAGAAACAAAGUCAUCAUCGUGAUAGACACCACAGAGAUAAGAAGAAGAAAUCUCACAGGAAGAAAAAGAGGAGGAGGAGAGAUGACUCAAGCGGCUCUAGCAGCGAUGAGAGAAACAGCGUCGCAAACUCCACACACGGGUCUGAAAAGACUGUCCCAGCAAUUGAAGAAUUCUGUAUUGAUGUCAAAGCUAAUCGGAACAAUCUCUGUUUUGACAGUCUUCAUUUCACCGACACGGUUGCCUACCAUCGUCUCGGUCACUCGUGUCUUGGGCUCGACAAACGCCGUCAGAACGUGACUUGGAAAGAUGUCAAACCAAAGAAGAAACAAAAAGAAGGGUCAAUGGGUUUAAGGUACUUCACCUCAGCUCCACAUGAGGUAAAUGAAGAUGCGGUUGACACGGGGGCAAACCCUGGAGCAACUAAUCCACUAAGGUUGCACUCAACAAACGAUUCCCUAUCGUACAUCCCAAUAGUUGAUCCUGGCAGCAGCCGAGCAAAGCCAGAGUGUGAUCCUCUUGGAGUCUACGAUCAAUCUACCCGAGCAUAUCUUCAGCCUAGUACCACUUUGAACCCUUCCUUUCUACCCCUGGUUAAGUCUGAAACAUCCACCAGCCCAGCAACUCACACUACAGCACACUACAACAGACAUUUACAUGACAACCCACUAGAUGUUCAUAUGUGGCUUGAGUUUGUCAGGUUUCAAGACUCCACUGAGUAUGAUAAACUAGUUCCGACCGGUUCCAACCAGUCCCAGCAGGAUAGCGACUCAAGUAAGAUGAGCAGUAAUAGGCGAAGAACGGCCAAACUGAUUGCUGAGAGGAAGCUUGCGAUACUUGACAAGGCUCUACUGAGGAAUCCGAACAGUGUCCCGUUACAUCUUGAGCAGCUGAAGAUUGGAAAAGAAUUAUGGGAUGUAUCGGAGCAGAUGAAACAAUGGGAGAGGCUUCUUCGGUUAAAUCCUGACGAUGUUUUUUUGUGUAAGGAGUACCUUCUCUUCCAUCAGACCUGUUUUUCUAGAUUCUCAGUUUCCAAGGUGGCUGGGCUGUAUGGAAAAUGUAUUACAGCUUUGACUUCUAGGUUGGCAGAACUCGAUGAAGAUGAGGCUUCCGAUAUGGAGAAACACAUACUGGAUCUGUUUGUUGGCUUAUGUCAUUUCUGGAGGCAGUCCGGUCAUACAGAGAAAGCUGUGGCAGCAUACCAGGCUAUGAUUGAACUCAACUGUUUCUGUCCAUCGGAUAUACAGCAAGACACUCACCUUGAGGGACAGGUUGCCUUUCUGGAGACCUUCUGGGAUAGUUCCAAGCCACGUUUUGGAGAGAAAGAGGCCAAAGGGUGGGCAAACUGGAUGCAGAAGAAAUCACGAGGAGGAUGGGAGGAAGUCAAGAUGCCUCAAGUUAGUGAAGUCGAUGAUGAGCCAUCAAGCCCAGCAGCAACCUUGACUGACAUACCCCUGUGGCAGGCCUGGGUGCAAGAGGAGAUCUCCAGAGAAGCUCAACAGUUUGCCCCUUGGAGUCCCGACGAGACCAAGGGAGAAACUGAAGACGACUGUGAGGAUCCGGAGCGUAUGGUCCUCUUUGAUGACAUCAGUCAAGUUCUGUUCAGACUAACCUCUCAUCAGGAGAAGCAAUUCCAACUCAUCUGUCACUUCCUGGAGUUUCUAGGCGUAUCAGUUCCUCCCUGUUUGGUUGGAAAGGAAGGCCCGGACACCGUACAACUUUAUCUGGACCAGCCAAGCCAGAUACUCUCCUCUGUGAAGACUUCCGUUGGUGUUGGUAAGCUGCCGUCGAGAUGUUCAGGAAUAGCUAGCAACUGUAGGUCCUUAGAGCAGAUGACAAAUGCUACUUCUGUGAAGUUAAUUGUUGAAGAUGCUAGCAUGGACUACAGAAUAUUGGAAGAUUUUGUGGAGGAGGGAUUUCAGCAAAUAACACCGGUGUUUCAUGAGCCGGCUUGCACGCAGCUCUUGUUGAUGAGGCUCGACUUUAGAAUGCAAAGAGCACUGAUUGCAAAAGAUAAGAAACAGCAAAGGAAGAAAGUGAAGGAAGCCAAGAGGUUUGCCAAGAAGCUGCUUAGCCAGGAGGAGAAUCGCAAUAAUUUAGAUCUGUGGGCUGCUCUAGCUAGAUGGGAGAGGACAAUGGGGAACACAGAAGAGGCGCAACGUGUACUACAGACAGCUCUCAGAUUUUGUGGGCAGCCACAAACUGAGAAAGACAAACAGGCAGCUACGAGGCUUGUGCAAACAUUUACUGAGCUGUUUCUGUGCUUUCAGUCCAAAUCAUCCAAUGUUGUCGUCGGACAGGAAAACAAUGUAGAAGUGUUAAAUGUGUUGACAAUGCUCGGGGAAGGGAUGGCGUACACUCCUCUGAAAGAUAUUCCAAGUCAGAGUGUGUCCUCCGUAAGGCUCCUUAAAGCAAGGAGGAGUUAUCAAGAGACAAUCACAGAGGUCUUGGCCACUUACUCAAGGAGUGAUUGUCAAGACGUUGAUGCAGCAGAGAGGAUGAAGUGGUUAAUCCCAUCCGGAACACAUGCUGUGCAUCUCACUCAGUGUUUUGCAAUCUUCCAAUACCUCACUGUGGGUAUGCAGGCAGCGUCCGUCGUUUUCGAGUCCAGUCUAUCGUCACUGAAAAAAGGAAAGCUCUCCGAAAACUUUAAUGAACAGCAGCUUAGAUUGGAUCAGGAGCUAAUAACUGAAGCCUACGUCGGACUGUUGUCCGCUCAUGUGUACAGUAACCCCACUCCGUUAGGCUCCUUGAGGAACCUUCUUAAGACUUCCCUUGAUGAUUUUCCGACCAACCCAACCUUACUGGAGACAUUUAUCAUCUCCGAGUCCAAGUCACACAUCACUGGGCGAGUGAGACGAUAUUUUGAUCGAGUGACCAGACAAGAGGAUAGUCUUGUGCAGUGGUUGUUUGCCAUUAGGGCUGAGAUGCUGAGACAGGUGUUAAUGGUUACUUUUGCAACGGCUGGAAUGGAGACUAUACAAGGCCAACAAAAUGAAGUACCGAUGUCCGAGACCGGUAUCAGUAAUCGGAUCCGUUCCUUGUUCCAGAGAGCAACUGAGUCCCAGACUGCUCGUCAUUGUGUUCUUCUUUGGAGAAUGUACAUGCAGUUUGAGAUGCAGCAGGGUAACCCAAAACGAGCUGAGGCAAUAUUCUACAGUGCUUUACAACACUGCCCUUGGGCCAAGGUGUUGUAUGUGGAUGCUGUAAGGAAUCAACCAUUGAAGCUUCAAGAUUGUCAAGAUCUGCUCAUUGAGAAGGAGCUUCAUAUCCGUGCUCCUCUUGAAGAAGUAGAACUACUGAUAAAGAGUAGACCCAGUUAGACACCUAACUAUUCAACAUGCUUCUCAUUGCCAGGCUUUGUAUGUUGAUGCAGUAAGGCAUCAAACAUUGAAGCUUCAAGAUUGUCAAGAUCUGCUCAUUGAGAAGGAGCUUCAUAUCCGUGCUCCUCUUGAAGAAGUAGAACUCCUGAUGAAGAGUAGACCCAGUUAGACAACCCAACUAUUCAACAUGCUUCUCAUUGCCAGGCUUUGUAUGUUGAUGCAGUAAGGCAUCAAACAUUGAAGCUUCAAGAUUGUCAAGAUCUGCUCAUUGAGAAGGAGCUUCAUAUCCGUGCUCCUCUUGAAGAAGUAGAACUACUGAUAAAGAGUAGACCCAGUUAGACUAAUCAAGAGGUGUAUCAGUCCUGAGAAGUGGGGUUCCCAUCAUUUUCUUUUCAUUGCCAAGCGUUGUAUGUGGAUGCAGGAAGGCAUCAACCAUUAAAGUUUCAAGAUUGUCAAGAUCUGCUUAUUGAGAAGGAGCUUCAUAUCCGUGGUCCUCUUGAAGAAGUAGAACUACUGAUGAAGAGUAGACCCAGUUAGUCAACCCAACUAUUCAACGUGCUUAACAGUCUUAAUAUCUUGAAGAUAACCAGGGCCCAAAUUCAUAGAGCUGUUUAAAGACACUGAACAGCUUUGGUAAUUGUCAAAGACCACUCU